AUGGAAAAUAAUAUAGUACCUAAUAAUGAGGAACGCGAUUUUUGCGAAUUUCAAAUGGAUUUGGCGGACUUUGAAUUGUCGCAAGAAAAUUUGCAAGAGAUUGAGACUUUGGAGUUCAACGCACUUCAGACAUCGUUCAGGGACAUCAGUAGCGAUGAUGAGUCUGAAAAUUUACAUGUUCCGAAGAAAAGAAGACGUAUGGUUAUCAAUUCGGACAGUGAAAGCGAUUCAGUAAAAGAUUUUGUCCUACAAAAUUUACCAACUUCUUCAAACACGUACACAAAAUGGAAGAACCCUACUGGAUGCACUGCUCGAGUGAUACCCUUCACUGAGCCCACAGGUAUGAAGUUUCCUUUUUCAAGAGACUUAAGUCAAGGAGAUCCAGAGGAUUUUUAUUCUUUGUUAGUUGACGAUUCCUUGUUUGAAAUAAUUGCUGAACAAAGUAACCUGUUUGCUACGCAAAGCUUUGGAGAUAAAGAUUUCAAGCCAUGUUCUCGCUCACAUACAUGGCAGCCAACCGAUAAGCAUGAAAUAAAACGAUUUUUUGGACUAAUUUUAUUCAUGGGCCUUGUGAAAUUGCCAUCAAUUAGUGAUUACUGGAGUACAGAUGACAUAUUUCAACAACCGUUUCCUCGCACAGUGAUGACUAGGAACAGAUUUGAAUUACUUUUACAGUACCUACACUUUGCCGACAAUUACAACUUGAAUCCGAACGAUCGCAUUGGAAAAAUCAGGUAUCUUGUGAAUUUGUUAAAUGAUAAAUUUAAAGCCUACUAUGCCCCUAAAGAAGAACUGUGUGUCGACGAAAGUAUGAUUCCUUUUAGAGGUCGAGUCACUUUUCGACAAUAUAACAAAUCUAAAAGGCACAAAUACGGUAUAAAAUUGUUUAAAGUUUGUACAAAUCCUGGUUAUACUUUAAAAAUACAGGUAUACAGUGGAAAAAAUAUUGAUAUUGAGAAUAAUACCCCUACAAAAAUAGUAUUAUCCCUGUGCGAUGAACUCUUGAAUAAAGGCCACACCAUUGCCACUGAUAACUGGUACACCAGCUUGGAACUGGCGUACGAAUUACUAAAAAACGAUACACAUUUCCUGGGGACAGUGAGAAAGAACAGAAAGUACUUGCCUAGGAAAGUAGUAGAAACUAAUUUAAAACGAGGUGAAUUCGUAGCACAAGAAAACGAUUGUGGCAUCACAGUAUUAAAAUGGAAAGAUAAAAGAGAUGUUUUAAUGCUGUCUACAAAGCACACGGACAAAUUUACUCGAUUAAAUGUCAGAGGCAAGGCGGUGCAAAAACCAGCAAUGGUUAUUGAUUAUAACAAAUGUAAAGCUUCAGUCGACAUGAGUGAUCAGAUGACAGCUUAUUCAACUCCACUGAGAAAAACUGUCAAAUGGUAUAGAAAAUUGGCCAUAGAAUUGCUCUUGAAUACAGCUGUGGUAAAUGCGUUGAUAAUGUAUAAGGAAACCACUAAGAAAAAUAUUUCAGUAGUAGAUUAUAGAAAAAAUCUCGUUCAAUAUCUCACUAAAUCAGGACGUCCAGAAACAGGUAACUUAGCACUUGAAUUACGUCCAAAACGACGAAAACAUGAACUUGUCAAAAAAGAGGGACCUGUACGCAAAAUGAGACGAUUUUGUGUCGGCUGUUACAAGAACAAUGUAGAAAAGAUGCCGGGAAAAAGACGCAAAAAAUAA